GUUAGGAAGAAAGAAACUAUGUGUAUGACGACCAUCACCAUUCUCGGGUUUUUUGUAGUGUAAUUGUAAAGGUUGAAUAAAACGAAUUUCCAUUUGCAAAGAGAAGGGUGGACGCCACAGAAACAAAAUGUCCCGCACGAAUCCGAAGGUGGAUCUGAAGGACAUGGUAGAGGAGGCAAAACGAGUGGAGCGUCGCGUUGUGGGUCAAAUGUUUCGGGAGCAACAAGCGGACGUGACGGAGGACAGUAGCGAAUUCCUGCAGGUGUUCACACAGGGGUUUAAGCCGCUUCUGGAGAACGAUACAAACAAGGCGCUCGGCGAGAUAAAUCGCGGGAAGCCGCUAGGGGCUCUCCUGAACCCGGGCGCCGAUCGGCGGACGCAACUGCGAAAGCUACAGCACGUGCUAAGUGGGAGUCGCAUGGGAGCGGAGGCCCUGGACCGCGCAUUGAACAAGGUCGCGAUUCUCCAGGACCAGGCCCGCGCACUGAAGGGCAAUGCGGACGGACGGCCAAAGCUGACCGUGAGCGAUGCCGAGCUGAUGAUGGACAAUGCCGGCGGGACCGCGGUAGAAGGCGCGAAAAAGACGUCGAACGGGUGUGAGUGCAUCUCUGCGUGCGGGCGUGAGCAGGGCAUGCCGUUUCAGUGGUGUCGCGUGGACGGGUCCAAGGCCUGUGGGCUGCUGGCCGGUGGGCAGAAGGCAAUCGACCCUUCGGGAUACGAUCAUCGGCUCUACGCACAGCAGGUGAAGAAGCACUCUUUCGGCAUGGACCGGGGGCCGCAGGCGACUUCGAAGUUUUGGGACUACUGCGCCGUCCCGGGCCCUGGCGACGCGAACCCGGUCGGGCCGAAGCUCCCGCCCGCGCGAGUGAGCACCUCCCAUCCGGGCUGCACGUGCGUCACGGGUGCAGUACAAGACGACGUGAAAGUUUCGAUCGCUGGUAAGAUGGCGUUUUGGAAGAACUUUUUCCAGAAAAAAUACGAUCGGUUGGUGGGGAAACGGGACUUCCUCAGUCUCGGCGUCUCCACUUCCAGCGAAGACUCGAGUCCCUGGAUCACCAAAAUUCCGCUCCGCGAUCGGCUCGCGGUCGUCCUCGCCGGGCAAUAUUCGCCCUCCGACAAGCCGCCGAGCGGGGCACGCUUGCCCGCCGUGAGCGAGCAGGUGUGUCGCAGCAUUCCCGGCUUCAGCAACGGGUUCUCGGUUUGCCCUGUCGAAAUGUCCUGUCUCGACGGGAAGUUUCAGGAGAACGACCACUUCCUUGGCUAUCCACGGGACAUUCUUAGGCAGUUUUGAGUAUGGAUAUUGUAGAAAUUGCGAGCCAAGAGCCGAGAGGGUUGUAAGCAAGUAUACACAGCUGCCUGCAGCAGGCAAUUCAAUUCAUAACCCCAACUUGUGUAUGUAGUUUGUAUUUGCUGCUUUUGGACGCAGGUCGCACGCUGGUGCAUUCUACUAAUAUUUAUGUCAAUUACAUUUUGCGGAAGCAAGCUUUGCGUACUACUACUAGCUUCCUGUUUAUCUGCUGACUCAGAUUUCCAUGUGGAUUCGUUGCGACACCGAUGGACGUGGGACUACUGCGCAGUAGAUCAGUGGGGAGAUAUGCGAAUGACUACUGCGACCCUCACGCUCAACCGCAUUUUUUUUUGCCAUCAGAACAAAAAAAAUCAUGGUGGAUCCAAACAUGAAACUUUGAUAAAAUUAUUCGGGAGCGUAUUAGGCGGAGGAACAGUCCCCGCGACCGCUACGAUUCAAUUCCUUUUUGCAUGGACCCUUGGUCUAUGUCUGCACCUCACGCGCAAGAAGCGCAAGUUACUAGGGGGAUGAUCACCGGGAACAACACAAAGGCAAAUCAAAAAAUCCGGUUGGAGCUGGCGAGGGCAGGUCGCAUUGUGCCUCAGCAUAAAAAGCCCGGAAUUCAUGCCGCUGCCAAAUCCUGCGGAGCUGGUGGCAGCCGGAUAGUGAAAGCAACACCCGAUUUUUUCACAAACAGUGCAGAGUAAGUUUUACUAGUUUCAUCCCUGCUUUGGAGAGUACCACACAUGGGUGCUGCAGAAGAUGUUGAUCCGAAAUAUGUCUUCUAUCGACAUCAACGUCGGAGAACAAAAUGUGAGGACAGCAACGAACCAACUGCAACUUGGAAUGACUGCACCUGAACACACAACCAGACAAGAACCUGGAGCUCCAU